AUGAAAUGUAAUGUUUGCCGCCGAUCACUUCUUUUCUGUAAUCUGUACGUCGAGGAAGAAAGGGGGAGAAGAGCCACCUACUCAGAACGCUUUCACACAAAUAUGAGCGGCAGCGGGCGGCCCAGGACCAGCUCAUUCGCUGAGCCUCCCGGAGCUCCCGGCUCCGCUGCAGCCGGUGUUGGAUCAUCUGUGGCCGGUGGAAGUGCGACAGGAAAGACCGGUGCUUCUCAGGCCAGUGGAAGUAGCGCGACGAGUUUUGGGAAUUUAAAAUUGCCCAGAGAUAGUGGCAAAGUGACGACGGUCGUAGCCACACCGGGCCAGGGGCCCGACCGCCCACAGGAAGUCUCUUACACGGACAUAAAAGUUAUUGGAAAUGGCUCUUUCGGAGUUGUCUAUCAGGCUCGACUUAUUGACAGUCAGGAGAUGGUGGCAAUAAAGAAGGUGCUUCAGGACAAGAGGUUUAAGAAUAGAGAGCUGCAGAUAAUGAGAAAGCUGGACCACUGCAACAUUGUGAGGCUACGCUAUUUCUUCUACUCGAGUGGAGAAAAGAAAGACGAGGUGUAUUUGAAUCUUGUGCUGGACUUUGUCCCAGAGACGGUGUACAGGGUAGCACGGCACUUUAACAAGUCCAAAACCACAAUCCCCAUCAUAUAUGUUAAGGUGUACAUGUACCAGCUCUUCCGCAGUCUGGCUUAUAUUCAUUCCCAAGGUGUUUGUCACAGAGACAUCAAACCUCAAAACCUUCUGGUAGACCCAGAGACUGCUAUUCUCAAGCUUUGUGAUUUUGGCAGUGCGAAGCAACUUGUUAGAGGAGAACCUAAUGUGUCCUAUAUUUGCUCUCGGUACUAUCGUGCCCCAGAGCUCAUCUUUGGGGCCACUGACUACACGUCCAACAUUGACAUCUGGUCAGCUGGUUGUGUGCUGGCCGAGCUGCUAUUGGGCCAGCCUAUCUUUCCUGGGGACAGUGGAGUGGACCAGCUUGUAGAAAUUAUUAAGGUUCUGGGGACACCAACGAGGGAGCAAAUCAGAGAAAUGAACCCUAACUACACAGAGUUCAAAUUCCCUCAGAUCAAAGCGCAUCCAUGGACAAAGGUGUUUAAGCCUCGGACCCCUCCUGAGGCCAUUGCCCUGUGUUCACGACUGUUGGAGUACACACCAGUGACCAGGCUGUCUCCCCUGGAAGCCUGUGCACACGCUUUCUUCGAUGAGCUGCGUCAACCCAACACCCGCUUACCCAGUGGACGAGAACUGCCGCAUCUCUUCAACUUCAGUCCCGUCGAGCUCUCUAUCCAGCCCCAGUUGAACAUCACACUCAUUCCUACUCAUGCCCGCGCACAGACAUCACCUGCUUCCCAUGAGGGCAGUGUUUCAGACAAUACCGCCCAACCCGGCUCAGCACCUGGAUCUAUCAGCAACAGCACCUGA